AUGGUCUCUGCUACCUUUCCAUUGCCUGGCGCUGCCCACGGCAAACGCAUCUUAGCCACUGUCAUUGAGAACCGCGCCAAAGAGGGCACUAACACUAAUCCCUGGAUCUCGCUUCCCAUCAACGACCAGGAUCUUUCCGCGGGGUACCGCGACAUUACUUUCCAGCAACUGAACAACGCAGCAAACCACGCAGCUCAGUGGCUAAGUCAAGCCCUUCCGACGACGUCCGAGCCCUUUCAAUGUUUUGCAUAUGCAGGUCCCAAGGACCUGCGAUAUGCGAUUCUUGCUGUAGCCGUGGCAAAGCUACAGAAAGUGAUGAUCCUUCCCUCGCCGUUAAUCACGCCAGAGGCUCAGCUGCGUAUUCUGGAAAAGAAAAAUUGUCAAUUGUAUCUCAGGCCGGUAGAAAUGGCCGGUCCUGUAGAUGCUAUUCUACAAAAGGCACCUCAUAUCGAGAGUAUCACGGUCCCAGGAGUUGAGGAGUUUCUCCGGGAUGAUACAGCAUCGCCAGUAGUUUAUGGUAAGACAUGGGAUGAAGGAAAAGAUGAUCCGUGGCUGGUGUUCCACACCUCAGGCACAACAGGAAAUCCCAAGCCGAUCACCUAUACACAUCAAAUGAUGGCUGGUGCCGAUACCGCGGCUUCUUUGCCGGACAUUGAAGAAACUCAUAUUCAUCAAUAUGCCCAGCGAAGGUGGUACACCCCUUUGCCCUCGCUACAUUUUGUUGGCAUGUUGAUGAGUCUUGCCAUGACUGGGUUCGUGAAUAUGACGUCCGUUAUUGGGCCUCCAGGACCCCCUACCCCUAAACUUCUUAUAGAUAUCUUCCACUACGGCCGUAUAGACGGUGCGCUUCUCAUGCCCGCUCUAAUUGACCAACUCUGCCUCCUCCCCGAAGGUGUUGAAGCGUUACGCGAGCUUAAGUACAUUCAUUAUGCUGGUGCUCCUCUCUCGGCCAAAUCUGGAAAUCUGCUUGCACCUUACACGCAAGUUGUCCCAUGUGUCGGCAGCACCGAAGCAGGCGGGUACUUUACAACUAUCCAUCAAAAUAAGGACGCAUGGGAUUACCUGUCCUUCCAAAAGCAUUCCGGGGCGGAGUUCGAACACCGCAUGAACGACCUGCACGAGCUAGUAUUCGUACGUCGUCCUGAAUGCGCAAUGCAGCAGAUUUUUCAAGUCUAUCCAGAUCGCGAUUCUUUCGGAACAGAUGAUCUGUGGAUCGAGCAUCCAGUGCACAAAGGGCUAUGGAAGAUUAUCGGCCGCAGCGACGAUUACGUAUAUCUAGCCCAUGGUGACGGACUGCAUGCUUCGCUGCUGGAACCAGAGAUCAUCGCUCAUCCUAGCGUGAAGACCGCGAUCAUUGGAGGCCAUGGCAAGAUAUCACCAGUUCUUCUUGUGGAGUUGAUUCCUGGGGUGGAGCUGGACAAUACAGCUUUGAAGGAAAGCCUAAAGCCCUAUAUCGAGAAAGUCAAUGUACAUUGUCAUGACUGUGUGAAGCUCUCUUCGGAGCGGUUGAUCUUCGCCACGAAGGACAAGCCUUUUCUUGUGACGGCUAAAGGGAGUGUGGCGAGGUUGCAAACUUUGGCUCUCUAUGAAGAAGAGAUCGCAUCCUUGUUCGCUUAA